AUCAGUCUUCAGCCUCGCUGACGUCGAUAAUACCCUUUCGAUCUUGGAUACAAGGGGUCGUUUCUCGUUGGCAAUCGCGACGAGGGUAUUCAGAAGGUGGUUUGGGCAGAUUUAUACACCGACUAGUUGAUCAAGCCAAGACCAACGAGGAGGGGCAAAUUGUACGGCCGUUUUCACCUUCGCAUACACUAAGCAAUUGCAACGAUUCUGUGCGAACAGGGCAAUCCGGCUUUCGCCGACCAGAAGAGACAACAAUAUAUCGAGUUGGACGAAUUGACAAUACCAAUAAUCCGGUAUUGUGAUCGCUGGAUCAGCGUGUGCUUCGGCUUUCUGGAUAAAGCUGCCGGAAUAAGUUGCGUUAACCACUUCCUUAGUGAUAAUGUCUUUGAAGCAGGAGAUAGAGACGUGGGUAUCGGCCCUCGGCCGGUACGACAAUAAUGAAUUCGAGGACGCUCUGAGAGAGUUCGAGAACAUCUCGGAUACGUCUAAGAUUCUAUUCAACAUGGGUGUCAUUCAUGCCACGCUCGGCGAACAUGAGAAAGCUGUUGAAUGCUACCAAAGAGCUAUUCGGCUGGACUCGUACCUCGCCGUCGCAUAUUUUCAGCAAGGUGUCUCAAACUUCCUGCUCGGUGAUUUUGAAGAAGCCCUGGCGAAUUUCAACGACACCCUACUCUAUUUAAGAGGAAACACCAUGAUCGACUAUGCCCAACUAGGUCUACUAUUCAAGCUCUAUUCGUGCGAAGUAUUGUUUAAUCGCGGUCUCUGUUACAUAUAUCUACAACAGAAGGAGUCCGGUAUGCAGGAUCUCAACUACGCAGUUAAGGAGAAGGUAGUAGAGGAUCACAACGUAAUUGAUGAGGCCAUAAGAGAGGAGGCAGAGGGUUAUACUGUGUUCUCGAUACCAGUAGGCGUAGUGUACCGACCUAACGAAGCUAAAGUCCGAAACUUGAAGACGAAGGAUUACCUCGGUAAAGCUCGUCUAGUGGCUGCCUCAGAUCGGGCCAAUGCAUUUACUGGCUUCGCUGGAUCUGAGAUCAAGAACGCAGGGCGAGGCGUGGAGAAGGACGACAGGCCAACAGACAACAUCUCAUUCGCAGCCACAAACCUUGUAAAACCUGGACUGCAAAGUAGGAGGCAGCAAUCUGAGCCACCCAAUGCUCGCAAUGCCUUCCCACCGACACCGCCCCCUGAGACUGAUAAACCUGCGGUCAUGAGCCGGGGAGCUUCCGUCCGAAAUGGACCCAAACCCAUGCCUGCUAAGCUGAGUAUACCUGAUUCGAACGGUAGAAGCGCCAAAUAUGAGAAGACGAGUUCUCCGCAGAGCGAACGCAGGAUGCCUGCGAGAGCAGCCUCAGAAGCACGAUCCCCCCCACAAAGGAGCUACUCAAGGGCCGAGCCGAUGAGGAACAGGAGGUCACGAAACAACGAAGAGGAGAGCGGCUACCCAGAAGACGUCUAUGACAUGUACAGUGGUGGCAGCAAUGCUGCUGGAUCACGCAGGUCACAAGGGAGCAGGCGGCCUCAGCAGAGGUAUAUCGAAGAGGAAGAAGAGGGCAGCGACUACGACUCCUUCGAUGAAGGCGAUUUCGAAAUGGUGUCAAAUCGGCGACCUGGGCCCUCAUCUAUGGGCUCUGUUCGUGGUGGUUCGAGACGUCCAGACAUCCGCAAGGUCAGGGUCAAAGUGCACGCCGAAGACGUCCGUUACAUCCUGAUCGGAGUAGCUGUAGAGUUUCCCGACCUAGAGGAGAAGAUCCGUGAUAAGUUUGGCAUGAAGCGCCGGUUCAAGAUCAAGGUACGCGAUGACGAUGCGCCACAAUCCGAUAUGAUCACGAUGGGAGACCAGGAUGACCUGGAAAUGGUUAUGAUGGGCGUCAAGUCCGCAGCACGGAAAAAGAGGGAUGACAUUGGAAAACUGGAGGUAAGUUGGGCAGAACGCCAACAUUACAGUAUCAGCAUAACCAUCAUCAAAAGCCGCACAACUCUACCCUUAUUUACCUCCCUUACCGUUCAACACUGACUCAAUUUUGUAGAUUUGGAUCCAGGAGGUAUAGACAGUAUACUCACUUUCACGCACUGGCUGGCGAUGAAAGUUACUACGAUUUUUAUUAUCACGCUACACAUCAAACCAACGAUACCCAGAGCAUUGCGAAUGAUGUAAUGACAAGAGGAAACCCCAAAUUCAUAACAUUUGGGAAGUUUCUUU